UGACAGCUAAAUAAAUAUGUUCCAUUCUCUUUUACCAAAGGCAAGCAUCUGAUUUGUUAGGAUUACAGGCUUCACCAUGAUGCAGGGUUCCACUUAAAGCAAAACACUUUGUGGAUACAGCAUGCCAACUUUGCGCUGUACUGGAACAAUAAUAAAUUACGCAACCUCAAUGACUGUCAAGUAUGUGAACAGGUUUCCAUUGCAAAACAAAGAAAGACUUAACAAAUGGAUCAAAAAUAUGAAACGUGACAACUGGUUCCCCACUAAGCAUCAAUGCAUAUGUAGUGAACAUUUUACUGCAGAUUCAUUUGAAUGGCGCUGGGGUAUCCGUUAUUUGAAGCCGCAAGCUAUACCAACUGUGUUCUCAUUUCCAAAUCAUCAGCAGAAGAAAAAACUGUGUUCUCGAUAUAUUCGUAGGAAAAAUAAGUUUCCAAAAGAAGCAUCAGAAGCAAACCUGCAAAUCUUUGGUCCUGCUGCAAGAGAUGAAAAACCAACCAAAGAAAGACUAGAAUCGUCAGUUCCUAAUGCAGAGCGCAAUGAGCAAUCCAAAAGGAAUUCGGAAGUUAACACUGCAUCUGAGUCACUUGGAAAUCCAGAACAACCUUUCAACAUCACAUCAACUGAACCCUUCACAACAAUAAAAGAGCUUGAAACAAACCAACUGUUCAGUGAUCAACAACCCAUAGUCCCUGAAAAUGUUCUACAAGUUGAGCAUUCAUAUUGUAGACAGGAUACUGGUAAGGCCCAACUCUGGGAAAAGAUUUUCAGAUUACAAGAGAAGAUAAAAAAACUUCAGCAACAAGAGCAGGGAACUGCAGCAAAGCUUAAAAAAAUGGAACAGCUGAUUGAGCAUCUGAGAAAACAGGAUCUUACUUCCGAAGGUAAAAUGAAGGUUAUGGACAACUCUUUGACAACAUUUGAGUUAGCAGUGUUACAAUAAAUGUAACAUUUGCUUAUAAUUAAGGAAAAUUAUUAUCAUGGGCAUUGUGCUCUCCUGGACAGCAAAAACCUACCUUAAAAAUGUAGUACCUUCCACAAUCUUCAAAAUAGUUCUGGAAUUUGCUGUUACUUGGGUUACUCAAUAAGGAGUUUGAUUUGCAGAAACAAUCAAAAGGUAUAAAUGAUGACCAACAACUAAUGUAAUGCUAACAAAACUUUAAGGUAAUCAUCAUGAAGUCCUUCUCGAUUUUAUGAUCGUGUAGUGACUAUUAAAGUUGAAAGGAGAAACAUAAAUGCCCACCAGUUAACCACAGAACUACAUAAGAUUUCUUGUUUUUAAGCAAAACUAAACUUGGUUGUAUAUUUAAAAAAAUUAAACAAAGUAAACACUACUAAUACAAGAUAAUAAAAUGUGAGGCUGGAUGAACACAGCAGGCCCAGCAGCAUCUCAGGAGCACAAAAGCUGACGUUUCGGGCCUAGACCCUUCAUCAGAGAGGGGUGACAGCUUAUAAAGACUUUUCUUUAAACUAUUUUUCAGUUCCUCCCGCACGAAUUUCCUUAACUCUUGAAUGGUUAUUCAUUUUCCCUGUUACCAAACAAAUGUAUAUAUCAACCCUCUAGAAUUCACUUUGUUUUCUCUUCAGUGUUCCAGCUAUUCUCUAAGGUAAAAUAUUUCAAGGGCUCGUUUCAUUCAUAUUUGGCUAAGAAACCCUCUAAAUUGCUUUUAACCCCCAGACCUCCCUGCAACUCCUAUGUUUUCUGAUGUUUUAAGGCCUGCCAUCUUGAUUUCUCAUACCCUGCUUCAAUGAUUUUGAACUAAAAUCAUGUUCAUCCCCAGAACUGAAGUGACUUUACCUGACAAAGGAGCAGCAGUCUGAAAGCUCGUGAUUUCAAAUAAACCUACUGGAUUAUAGCCUGGUGUUGUGUGACUUCUGACUUAGUCAAGUAAGAUCUCCUGCAGAUGCUGGAAUCCAAGCUGGACA